AUGUCAUACCUGUGGAUUCUGCUAUUAGGAAGCCUGUUGGCUGGAAGCGCCAAGGCACAAGAUGAUGUAGCCCCAGAAGAGAACGCAGAAGCUCCUGAGUCUCCGACCUCUGCAUCAGACACAGCACCAGAACCAGAGGCUGAUGAGGGAUCUGACCAUAAAGCAGAGGAAAUACCGCCAACUGUUAAGGAGCCCGAGUCCGCUGCUGAUGCUGAUGCUGAAGCUGAAGCUGUGACUCCUGCAGACGAAGGAGCAGUGACUCCUGCAGAUGCAGACAAAGAACAAGAUACUCCUGCGGAUGCAGACAAAGAACAAGAUACUCCUGCGGAUGCAGACGCAGAACCUGAGACCCCUAAAGAUGGAGGAGUGACUCCUGCAGAUGGAAAUGUAGAACCAAUCAAUGAUUUCUUAAUUAAACAUUCUGAUCCAGUGCCUGCAGCUGAUCCAGAGGUUAAGGAACCAGAGACUGGGGAACCAGCAGAGGAGCAACCUGCCUCAGACACUGAGGCAACACCUGCACAGGAUGAGGAUGGAUCUGAAGGGAACACCAAGCUGGCAGCAGAUCCAACUGUAGCAGAUAAUGUGGAAGAACCAGCUGAUCCAACUGUUGAUGCUAAACCAACAGUUCCAGUUGUUGAGGAAAAAAUAGUACCAGCCAUUGAGAAAGGAGAGGAUGCCCUUGUCCCUACCGUUAAAGUGGACCUGCCUAAGGUGGAUUUAGGAUUUAAUUUGGAAGAUGCUCUCUCUGAAGGGAAUGCAGUGGACAAGAAUGCACGUAAAGGAAAAAGCCUUGGGUCUAAUGCACAAGCUGCUGAGGCCACAGGAGAUGCAGAUAAACCUGAGGCCCAAGACUCAAGCUCUGGCUCCAUAGCAGGCAUCUUGAGUGCGAUUGUUGUGGCUGCAGUGGGAGCAGUCGCUGGAUACUUCACCUAUCAGAAGAAGAAACUGUGCUUCCAAGAUAGACAGGCAGCGGAUCCAGAAGCUGCCCGCAAAGCUGAUGCAGUAGAGGCUCAAUCAGAUCCCCAGGUCCUUAGCAACCUGCUGAACUCCUCCUAGACCAGCAAUGAUCACAUGACUGCCUGGACCAACGCAAAGUGGCAAUCUCACUGUUAGGCUCUAUCUUCUGUAGAGCUGUAAUACUGUGGGCCCUCGAAGUAGGGCUGUGUGUGUGUGUGUGUGUGUGUGUGUGUGUGUGUGUGUGUGUG